AUGGAAGAAGAUGCUAAAAAAUUUGUAAGGAGAUGCCAAUCCUGCCAGAAGUUUGGGAACUUGAUACAUGCAUCGGCAGUUGAGCUGCAUAACAUCAAGACCCUUUACCUGUUCCAUACUUGGGCAUUUGACAAUGCAGCAAUCGGAAGGCCACAGAUUGCAGUAACUGACGUUAGUACCAAGUGGGUGGAGGCUAUACCGAUGAGGAAGGCAGACGGGGCAGGAGUAGCCAACUUUAUCAGAGAAAGCAUAAUCUGUAGGUUUGGCAUACCAAAAGUAAUGCUGUCCGACAAUGGAACUCCCUUUGUAAAUCGUCAUGUGAGAAGACUGCUGAACGCCUACCAGAUCAAGCACCACAAGUCUCUAGUCCAUACUACCCCCAAGGGAAUGGACAAGCUGAGGUGA